AUGUUAACAAACAUAAUCACUGCUCAGAGUGGGGAGACUUUUCAAGGCGUACAAAGUCAGUACAGUUUGUAUGAAUAUGGGAAAGCUCCCAGCCACAAACACAGGUUUGUUUACCUUCCAAGAGCCAGCUGUAGAAAAAAGGCUUAUGAGUUGAGCAAAUAUGGGGCAACCUUCUAUAGUGAGAACCCAGACAUUCAGCAUCAAAGUGUCCAUGCCGGAGAAAAGCCUUGUGAGUGUAGCAAGUGUGGGAAGUCUUUUAGACAACGAGCCACCCUUAUUAUAUACCAGAGAGUCCACUCAGGAGAAAGGCCUUAUAAGUGUGGCAACUGUGGGAAGUGCUUUAGUCAGUUUUCCAAUCUCAUUGAACACUGCCGGAUUCACAGUGGAGCAAGGCCUUAUGUGUGUGCUCAGUGUGGGAAAUCUUUUAGCCCAAAAGCCACUCUCACUAGACACCAAACUGUUCACACUGGGAAAAGGCCUUUUGAGUGCACCGAAUGUGGGAAAUCUUUCCGUCAAAGCUACAACCUCAAUGAACACCAGUAGAUUCACAGUCGAAUCAGACCUUUGGAGUGUGACCAUUGUGGGAAAUCCUUCAGCAGAAGAUGCAUUUUCACUAAACACCAAAGAAUCCACACUGGAGAAAGGCCAUAUAAGUGUAGUGAAUGUGGAAAAGCUUUCAGUUGAAGUACCAGCCUUAUUCAGCACUGCAGUAGCCACACAGGAGCAAGACCUUACGAGUGUGACCUGUGUGGAAAAGCCUUCAGGCAAAAAUCUGUUCUCAUUCAACACCAGGUAGUUCACACUGGAGAAAAGCCUUAUGAAUGCAGCAAGUGUGGCAAAUCCUUUAGCCAGCGCUCCAGCCUCAGCCUCCAUCAAAAGUUUCACACUACAGAGAGGCCCUAA